CCGCCGUUCCGGUAGUUUGUGUUGAGUGCGAAUCCAAUUUCCGCGUUCCGUCGUCGAUGCGAGUUUGAACUGUAUUGCGAGUCGGGCGAGUUGAAUACUGACGCGGCCGCGUUUCCUUGCAGAUGCGAGUUUGAACUGACGAUGCCAGCGGAAGAGGAUUGCGCUAACAUGGACGAGCAGGGCUCCCCGGACGCGCCCCAGCAGUUCUGCCUGCGGUGGAACAACUACCAGUCCAACCUCACCAGUUGCUUCGACCAGCUGUUGCAGACGGAGACUCUUGUGGACGUCACCCUCGCCUGCGAUGGCAAGAAGCUGAAGGCGCACAAGGUGGUGCUGUCGGCAUGCAGCCCUUACUUCCAGAGCUUAUUCACCGACAACCCCUCGGAGCACCCGAUAGUGUUCCUGCAGAACAUAGUGUACACUCACCUGCGGGCUAUCGUGGACUUCAUGUAUCGGGGCGAGGUGAACGUGCUGGAAGAUGACAUACCGGGGUUGCUGAAGGUGGCUGAAGCCUUGAAAGUGAGGGGCUUGACGGAUAUCAACGGAGAGCAUAGUAAGAAUGAGAGCGGACAGAAGCGAGCCAUGAAUGAUGACCCUGCAGCCAGACCUCCCAAGAGCCGCCGAGCUGGUUCUGCAGAUCCGAGCCCCCGGGAGAGCCCACGAGUGUCCCCCAUGACGCCCAGCACCGAGAUCUUGCCCCCGCCGGAGGUAGCGUUGCCCCUACACGCCGACGACGCUGACAUCAGACCCGGCAUCGCCGAGAUGAUACGAGAGGAGGAAAGGGCUAAGAUUCUCGAGAAUUCUCAUGCUUGGCUGGGAGCUUCUACAUCUUCACUGGCAGUAGACACCUACCAGUAUCAGCUUCAGUCGAUAUGGCAGAAAUGCUGGAACACCAACCAGAGCUUGGUGCACAACCUCCGCUUCCGCGAGCGUGGACCCCUGAAGUCCUGGCGCCCAGAGACCAUGGCAGAGGCUAUAUUCUCGGUGCUGAAAGAGGGUCUGUCCCUCUCACAAGCGGCACGCAAAUACGACAUACCAUACCCGACUUUCGUUCUUUAUGCCAACCGCGUCCACAACAUGUUGGGACCCAGUGCAGAUGGCGGUACAGAUCUGAGACCAAAGGGUCGUGGACGGCCCCAACGCAUCUUGUUGGGCGUGUGGCCAGACGAACACAUUCGCGGAGUGAUAAGGGCUGUGGUCUUCCGUGACUCUCACGCCACGCAUGCGGCGCACGCUGCUCACCACAUCAAGGAGGAAGUGCUGCCCGUGUACCCCCAAAUUACGGAUGGUUUGACGGUGGGACAGAGUCCUUACCCGGUAGGAUGCGGCAACGGGCGUGAGGGGGGAGUGUCGCCCAACGCGGCUGCUGCUGCUGCCGUGGCGGCCGUGGCUCAUGGGCUGCGGCGCCAGAUGUGCACCAUGGUGGUGGCUGCCCAGCGGCCCGGGGAGCAUCCUCCGCACCUGGGGAUGCCGCCUCUGCCCAUGCAAUCGCCCCGCCUACCCUCGCCGCGCCUGCCGUCGCCGCGCCUGCCCUCUCCCCUCUCUACCGGCAUGGAAUCUCCGCUGUGCUCGCCCGCACCACCUGGACAUGCGCUGGAGCCCCCUAAGUCCGUAGAUCCAUUCCGCCCCUUCGUCUCUCCCCGCCCGGACCACCGCUACCGCGAGCGCGAUGUGGAGAUCACUGACAUGGGCCCCCCGAAGACCCCGAUGUCGCUCGCCAAGAACGGCAAGGAUCUGGUAAUGCCCGUCAAGCUGGAGCCGGCAGGAGAGCCUCGCGCGGACAUCUGAAGCCAGGCCGCGGGCACCAUCCCCAGGCUGCCUGCGCUUCCCGCGCCGCCGGUGCCCGCCUUCCCAUACUUCUUGCCUAAUCCAAACUCGAAUGGCUACUUUUGAGCGAUUUGUUCGCGAUACAUAGAUUUAAACACGAUUUCUUUGUGUCUGUAUUAAUUUAGUUUUUAUUCAAAGUGGACUUGCUGUGCAAUAAGUUGCUUGUUGUUUUGUUACAAAGUUUGUAUCAAGUAUGGUCUUGAGUUGCGAUGCGCACAAAGCGCAGUUACUUUUUUUUAAUUUAGGUUAAAAUGAACGAGUGAAACAUGCAGCAACAUGCGCUAAUAGAUGUGUAUGGCUCCGCUUUCCACUCGUUCAUCAGUCUUACUAUUAAUGAUGUAAUUAUCUUGCCUUUAUUGCCACGUCCACGCAAUAAUUUGAUCUUUUUUUACUCAAAAUCUUUAUUUUCCCGUUUAGUCACUACUAAACACUCUGUGCAAUAGGUUGCUUGUUGUUUUAUGACAAAUCUUUAGUUACAGUGCUCUAGAAGCGCAAUAUAGUUUUUGUUAGUUAUUAGAUUAAAGUAACGGGCGAAGAACGCAGUAUAAGGGGUGAGAUGAGACGUUUAAGCAUCGCUCUCCGCUCGUUCAGCUGUCUUUCUAUUAAUGAUAUAAUUAUCUCUUAUGUGUUAGCUUAAGUCCAAAUUCAACCCAUCAGUAACUAGGGAUAUCAAAUUCUUAAAUAUUUGGCCCGAUCUAAGACUGUUCGGUAUACCCAUAAAGUAUAAUUUUAAAAUCAACACGCACAUUGCCUGUGCAUGUGUCAAAAUUUCUGUAUUAAAAGUAACCAAGUCUUCAUAACAUUUGGUAGUAAUUGCUUGAUAAUGUAUCGUACUACUUGAUACGUAGGAAUAGGGCCCAUUCAGAGCUUAGAGUACUUUCACAAUUCCUUAGUUAUAGUAUCCGUAUGAUCACACGCCACUCUCCGCAGUAACCAAUAUUGGGCAUAAAAUAAAUGUAGCGACGGUCCCCCGUUUCAAUUGUACUGGCGCGAAUCACAGCGCAGUUCAGAGGGGCUUAUAAGAUUGACGGGGACUACUCUAUCACUAAUAGUCGUUCUUUCUGUAGUCGUAUAUUAGCAGUUAGGGCUUAGAUCUACUCUCGGCUGGCUCCGGUCUCGAGUCAGUUCUCGGUACCGCUGACACGCGACGCAACAAACCUACAUAGCACACAUCACAGUAGAUUUAGAGAUCGCCAAAUGUAUUAUAGAUGUAUUUUUAGCCAGUAGUGAUUGUUCCAAAUGUUAGGCUAUAUAAGACGGGGCGUGUCCGAGCUCCUUACAUUAACUCUAUAUAGCGCAGUAAUAACCUAGUACAUAUGUACCUUCCAACCCGCUAUCUGUCUGUGUUAUUGUAUCGUUACUUCACUUAAUUGUAAGCUAAUUGUGGAUCUAUGUAACAUCGCUCGAUAAAUAUUAAAAAAAUACAAAAAAAGCAUAGUAAUUGAUGUGUCGAUAUGUUAAUGUGUGGAAGACUCGGCAUGCCCCAAACCUACGAAUAGUAUCGCAAGCCAGUGGACACUCAGAAUGUAACCCAACACCGAGUAACGUUCGCUAAUAAUUGCUGUGUCGACUAUUUCGUAGUUAUAUUUAUACAUUUUGAGACUUAGGUUAGUUGUGUAACCGUACCAGUGUGGAAAGCGACGCUAUGUGGGUGACAAGACGCUGGUCUCUGACAUGAGUCCACGACGCCUGCGAGAAGAUCACAACAUACUUUAAGGUGUAUUUGUACAAAUUUAAUUUAUUACCACCUUCUCUACGCAGCUUGAGAAAUCGUUUCGAUUUAUAUUUUCGGCGGGAAAAAUUGUUAAUAUAUUAUAUGGACUUUCUUGCCGCAAGGGUAUACCAUAAAAAUAUAUUUUUGGCAAGUUAUUAGUUGGCGUAUCAUAAAUUUGUAAAUGAACGUUGGGAAGGGCGAAGCGCCGCAGAGGCUGGAUCAGCUUCGGCGGGGCUUCGCCCGCGCGAGCCUCGUCGCUGAAUGUUUGAAAUUAUAUAUAAAAAUAAGAAUCUAAGUGGCCUUGAUAUCUCACUAUUAUUCGGAAUUUGAUAAACUCUUUCGGUUUAAGUUGGAAAAAUUGUAUGUAUAUAAAAAGACCAAAUUUAAUUAUAAAAAAUUAACAUUCUCGAUACGAAUCUAGUGUUGAAAGUUUUGGCUAUCUUUUUGGAAAUCGUUAAUGUAGAUAAAAAAAUGUUAUAUACGGCCUAUACUUUUCAGGUGAAAUGCGUAAUUUUGGUAAAUGUUACUACGCAUAUUUUCUAUUAUUAUAAGUCUAGGCUAAUGUGUUCAAAAACUAAAUUUAAAUUUUUGAAAAAAAAAGUAGAAAGUGCCUUCCAAAUUGUUUGACCACAUUUAGUGUUGGGACGGGUGCAGCGAUGAUCGGCAAUACGCGGCCAAUGGCAGUGACAUGUUCCUGCGCCUCCGCGGCAUCACACCUCGUUGCUGUGAACUGCAACAUGAAUUAUAAAUCACGUAUUUAAAAAAUGAAAGUGAUCAAGCCAUGCUACUGCCAUAGACCGCAUGAAACGUUACUAUAAAAUUUAGAAUAAAGAAAUUCAAAAUUAUAUAAAAUUAAAUACAUAUGACUAUUAUAUAAUAAAAAAAAUAUACAAAUUUAUAUAUUUGGCCGAUGUGGUUAUACCCUGACUGGCAAGCGUUAGAGCAUUAUUCGGAGUCAAAAUUAAUUAUAUUUAAUUUAAAAAAAAAUACAACAAUGCAAACAUGCAAAUGUGCCAUUCGUUUGAAGUCGUGUUCUUCGUUGGCGUCACAUUCAAUGGUUUUGUAGUGUAUUAAAGAUUAUAUUAUUUAUUGUGUCGGAUGAAUCACAUUUCGAUUCGCACAUUAUGUCAUUAUACGAGUAUAUAAGGAAAAUAUUAAUUUUCGUGAUAGUUAAGCAAAUAUGUCUAACUGUAGUUGUGUACCCGGUUUCGACGAGCUUCGAACAGAUACUGGGCACCCUUAUGAUAUAACUAUUAACUAUAUGUUAUAUAUAUCAUUUUCUGAUAGAUGUUUUAACACACACUAGUGUGUUAGUAGCAUGACAUUGUUCCAAUUGAAGUUUCGUUUUAUUGUGAUACUACUUUAAAUAAAAAAUUGAUGUAAAGAACAAAAUUGUAUUCCCUUUUAUUUGUCUAGGCUUGCGGUUUCUGUACAAUGUUAUUUAUUUUUAGUUAAAAGUAUUUUCGUACCGCAACCACGCCGUGGGCUCAAAGUAUUCUUGUUUAUAGAUCUUGUACCUAUUAGUGCAUCUUUAUUAAACUGUCAAUGGAAGUAUUUAACUAUUUAGUUAAUAAGUAGCUCUACACUGUCGGCUUCAGACGGUAUUAAUCUCGAUUAUUAUGAUUAUUACAUCCAUCACUAGUUUACGUCAGUAUAGUGUCAUUUUAAACAUUUAUUCAGUUUUGUACAGCAGUUAUUUUUGUAAUUCUUAUUCUAUAUUUUGUGAGAUGACAACGUAAACAUAGAUUCUAACUAUCCAAAUUAAACGCAGCUUUGUCUGUCGAUUUUGGAAAAAUAAUACAAGAUUUACGAAUAAAGUCCUGGUCAGUUAUCUCAAGUCCAUAAGCCUUUAAAAAGCCACAGAAUUAGAACAUCAUCCACAAUUUAAUACGAAUGCAGUCUAGUCCAAAGAAAAAGAUUUUGAACGAGACUUUAUUAUAUUAUUCGAUUUCUUAUUUCUGACCUUGAAUUGAAGGUUUAACCGUCUGUUAUUAGUGUAAUUUAUUAUUGACGUGAGCGUUAAAAAAUAAGAAUUACAAAAAUAAACUCAUUUACAAAAUGUCAUGGUAUAGUGUGUUAUACUCUUUGCUGUAUGGCACGUUAUAAUCAUUGAAUUGUUAUAAUGAUUACAUUUCGUUUCCCAUUUGCUUAUGUUCCUCUAAUUAUGUUAUGAUUUUAUGUAGAUACAUAAAAACAGCACGUAGAUAUACAUCUACAUGUGUUUCGCGAGAUCAAAGAUGUUUAGUUACUAUAAGUAGUAGUUAUGCUGAUAAUAUAAAUGUACUAGAUGUUGUAUGUAAUCAAUGUCCGAAUAAUAUAACAAGUAUUUAUUCUAUAAAUUACAAUUGUAGUUUAUUACAAAAUUCAAUGGUUUUGACAUGUUAUCUGAUAAGCUUAUCUCUACUUUAUUCGGGCAUCAGAAACGCACGAUUUACUCCUAACUUAAUGACUCGUUACUCGUUAAACCUUGAGUACAAUUUGAUGCUAAAUGUCAAAAUCGUUCUAUCUGUACUUGGCAGUAUCCAAAAUGAAACUCAUUCAGUAGCAGGUUAUGUAAUAUGUUAUAUAAUGUAGUGUUGUAUAACGUUUCAAUAAUUUAAGUUCGUUAUUGUCGCAGCAUACCGUUGUCUGAAUAAAUAUAUAAACUAGAA